GGGUCUGGGAACACUGAGCCGCCGCUCGUAGCCGUAGUUGAACUGAGAAGCACAAUGUAGCUUGUGCUUGCUUACAUGUACUGCUCGUUUUGCCGACCUGUCCGUAACAAAUACCGGUAGUGGCAGGGAAGGAAAUUCCACAAAGGUUGGCGAGCCGCUACGUGUAGUUUCCGGGUGCAUUCACUCGCGGCAAAAGAUAGGUACCAACACCAGCAACAGCAACAGCAUGCCCGCAGCUGGGUCGCUGACAGUCCCAGUACUGGCAGUACAAGGACAUUCACAUGAUUCCAGCAGAUGAUGCCAGAAUAUUUCUGCAGCGCAUAUCCAGGAUAUCACCUCGGCUAGCGCAAGCCUUGUUGGCUAAGUCAGUAUGCACGGCUGGGUUCCACAGCACUACAUUCAGUGGGUUGAAGGACUGGAGUCCAGCCAUCCACACAACACUCCAUGCCAAGCUCAAGUUGUACCAAGCUAAGUGCAGCAUAGUGGAGAUGGUGAUGUGCAAUGCAGUUGUAUGGGCUGUGGAUCGCAGGCAGCCAAUUGUCCUUGCUCUCUCACCACAACACCAUAACAUGCUGGGAAUCGUGGAUUGUCGCAACGAUGCACCUCUCCUGUACCACACCAAACUUCUCACGCAGCCUGACAGCAGUGGAAAGAUAGGUCCUCCACAGCAUGUCCCAACCAAAAAGAGGUCUGCUACCAGGACGACAGGAGUCCAGCUGUCAUUGCCAGAAGGUCAUCGAGCCCGUGCUACCACUAUGGUGGGACGUGACGAUGCUCCAGUACGACCACAUCUCACAAGGCCACACAGCACAAGCAAAGUGGAAACGAGCGUCACAACCUUUAGCGGCUCAGACUCGUCUCCUCGAGCUGGCCGGAAGUCUGCCCCAGAGGUGGAUAUGUCACUUGAUAGCUUCACCUUUGCGGGUCGGUCCACAAGUUCUCCAUUGCUGCAGGGCAAGAUGGAUGUGAUGAAGGAGAUCAACUCCGACGACGAAGAAUGCAAUAAAGUCAACAGCAAUGGUGGCGGUGCCCUGCGGGACAAACAACGCAGCAGAACGAUGUAUGAUGGUGAAGCCACUGGAUCACCAGCACAACGUGAGUUCUGUCUUGAAGGUAGCUUGUACUACUUAGCACAGUCCUGCACAUCCAUCUUAGCCUUUGACAAUGCUCUGUGGGUGGCCAGGUCCUGUGCGGAUAUUCUAAUCAUCAGCAGUGAUCUAAGACAGGGUUGUCCGUUCCUGGGACAGCUGUCGUGCUCACUACAUCGUGACGUGAAUGUCUCCGCUCUUGGCAGUCAGCACAGACUUGCACUGUGCUCUGAUCAGUAUGCCAUGAGUCAACUACAGCUGCUGCGCUCCGACAAGACCAGGCCACCAGGGACAAUCGUGUGGUGGUGUGGGCGGCAUGUGAGCAGGAAACACUGCACCAGCACAACAGACACUGUCGUUAUCUGGACCGCUGCUCGCAGUGUGCCAUGA